GAAAUUGCAAAUGACACAGGCGGCGUGAUGGGAAGUUCAAGCCAUAGCUUAAAUGGGCCUCAACAAAUUGUUCCCACAAGCCUGGUGAUGGAUGCUGCACAUCGCUGCAAUGGAGUUGAAACUUUCAAUCAACCUCAAACGUUGGCUGGAAUCAUGCAAUCACCAGGAAUGCUCCAAGGCUAUGCAUUCCCUUCUGACAAUAUCCAGAAUAAUGGGGACAAUAGUUCUAAUGUCUUCAUGCCCAACUCUGACUUGAAUGCCAACUUCUCUCGAGGAAAGAACAUCACUGAACAGGGAAGUGGAAGUACCAAUGCAGUGCAAAGCAGUGCAGGUGAUCCAGCUAUGAGUUGUUUUGCUGCAAUUUCACGCCAUGAUCACUGUGCCCGCGGUCCUUUUCCUUUUUGAUGCCGAAAGAAUUAUGUCCAAGCUGAAAGAGACAACACAAUCAUCCUCGUAACGGACGAAGAUGGUGGUGCUUUAAUUUGCCUAUAAUACUUUAGAACAUUUAUGUUGAUCAUAAGGCAUCUUUGAAAUUAGCUUCCAUAUAACACUUCUAUGCGACAAUGGAUCGUUUCAGAACUUUAUGAGUUUGUGUUUAGACCUUAAAUAACCAUGACA